AUCCGGAACUGUCUGUUUCCGUUUCCGUACACUGGACCCUUUGCAGUCAAGUCGGCUAGGAAUUUGAAGUAUUUUUUCCAACAGAAAGCGCACAGAUAUGUCGACAGCAGAAGUACAGAGAACUAAGAGUACAUCAGGUGAAGAGAAAUCGGAUCAGAGCAAGACACAUGAUCAUGGUCAUGAUCAGAAAUCACAUGAUCAGAAAUCACCCGAUCAAAUAAAAGAUAUCCAAACUGAUCAUGAGCACAUGGACAGUAACAAGGUUGAGCCCCCAAAGCCUCCCAGUGUUGGGUCUAAUACUCGGACCCUGACCUUAAACGGCCAUGUUGGAUUCGACAGUCUUCCAGACCAGCUGGUCAACAAGUCAGUCAGCCAGGGAUUUUGCUUCAAUAUCCUCUGCCUCGGAGAGACAGGCAUCGGUAAAUCCACCAUGAUGGAUACGCUGUUCAAUACUCACUUUGACUCCACCCAGAGCACGCACGACCUUCCCGGGGUCAAACUGAAGGCCAGUACCUAUGAGCUACAGGAGAGCAGUGUGAGACUGAAGCUCACAGUGGUCGACAGUGUGGGUUUCGGGGACCAAAUCAACAAGGAAGACAGCUGGAAGCCCAUCGUAGACUACAUAGACAACCAGUUUGAGGCGUUCCUACAGGAGGAGCUGAAGAUCAAGAGGUCACUACACACGUAUCACGACACCAGGAUCCACGCCUGUCUAUAUUUUGUAGCUCCUACUGGACACUCACUGAAAGCACUUGACCUUGUGACCAUGAAGAAGUUGGACAGCAAGGUCAACAUCAUCCCAGUCAUUGCCAAGGCCGAUACUAUCACCAAGGCAGAGCUUCAAAAGUUCAAGGCCAAGAUUAUGUCUGAGCUGAUGACCAAUGGUGUCCAGAUCUACCAGUUUCCCACCGACGACGAGACAGUCGCAGAAACCAACAAAACAAUGAAUGGCCACCUUCCAUUUGCAGUCGUAGGCAGCAGUGAUGAGGUCAAACUGGGAAACAAGAUGGUGAAGGCCAGACAGUAUCCAUGGGGCACCGUCCAAGUUGAGAAUGAGAACCAUUGUGACUUUGUCAAGCUUCGUGAGAUGUUGAUCCGAACAAACAUGGAGGACAUGAGGGAGACCACUCACAAGCGACACUUUGAGCUUUACCGUAGGAACAAGCUUCAGGAGAUGGGCUUCUCCAACAAUGACUCCAAAAGUUUAUCGGAGACAUAUGAGCUGAAGAGACAUCAGCAUGAGUCAGAUCUGCAGAAGAAAGAGGAGGAAAUGAAGCAGACUUUUGUUAUCCGGGUCAAAGAGAAAGAAAGUGAACUCAAGGAGGCAGAAAAAGAUCUCCAUCAGAGGUUUGAUACCUUAAAGAAACAACAUACAGAAGAGAAGAAAAAGAUUGAAGAUAGUAAGAAAAGACUGGACGACGAAUUCAACCAAUACCAACAGCGCAAACUUCAAGUCCAGCAACAACAAUCCACUCUGGGAAAGAAAAAGAAGUAAACGUGCCUUACUGGUCACGAAGAGAGAACAGAAGAAUAGAACAUAGAAUUGUUUGAAGAUUGAUUCACAUAUGUUACAGAAGAGACUGUUUGCCAACAUCUGUGUUCCAUACAUUGCAAUAAUUAUAGCUUAAUAGCUUGGUAACGCCUUGAAACAUCUUGUCAACAUAACAAUCAAGCCAGUUUAUGAAAGAGAGUUUUCUAGAAAUGCAAAUGUGAUUUUACUGUCCUGAUAACAGUCAACAGGGGACAUAACUGUUGUAACACAGUGACUUCUCACAAGAAAAGGAAUAUUUAGUUGUGUAUAAAUAAUAAAUAAUCUGAACAGUUUGUUUAAGGUGGUUUCGUUGCUACAGGUUUAAGAUAAAAAUGGUAGUUAUUGUCAACUGUCACUGUCACUGUUUUUGAAAACCAAAUGUUGCCCAAAUUUGACCGAAUGACAAUCAUUAGAACAUCGCCAUUUCUCUAACUAUGGGUCCAAAUUGGUGAUUAAUAUCUGUGCUUUUGUAAGAUGUAACAUUUAGGCCAAGUAUAUCACAGGUAAAAUUGUAUCUAUGUAUCUAUGUACAGUAAUACUCUGCAAUUCCUGAAGUGAAACCUUUCAGGAUAUUUUUUUUCCUUUUUUUUUUAUAUACAUGUAUAUAAAAAAAAAAUCAUUAUUUUCCCUGGAAAUUUGAAUCAUUUAUGAAGAUUAUUAACUCAUUUACCCCUAAAGACACAUUUGAACUCUUCCAAAACAAAAGUUAGAUUAGUUCAUUAUAAAAUUUCAGGGGUGAAUAAGUUAAAUUAAUCAAAUUUAAACAAAUCAAAAGUGAAAAAAUAAAGAUCUGAAUGAUAGCUUACCUGGGAUUAUAUUUUGUAUUCAUGCUAGGGAAAGUAAACCGUUCAGAUUUUAAAAAGUUUAAUUUUUAUCUCAGGUGAUGGCUUUUGCCUGUUAUUCUCCAUUUCUCGCCAUUCUUUACAAAUCUCGGUCAGUAAAACUGAAUCACUGCCAAAAAUUGUCUUAUUUAUGAUUUUCCUUCAUAUGAAUACAUGUACUAGUUAGUGUGGAAAUGAUUUUAAAAUCUAUGCAUUUAGUUGAAAUCCUUCGAUCCCUUUUGUAUAUUUUACUACAAUUUGUCUUUGGGACAUGCUGUGUUCGCAUUAUUAAUGUGUCCAUUACUUAAAGAAUUAUGGUUUGUGGGGCUUUUAAUUGACUAUUUUUUAAAGAUAAAAAAGUCAAAGCAUUAUACAGUACCACAGGGAAAAAAUACUGGUGUCAAGUACUCUUUAGUGAGGGUCCAGGAUAGGAGUAAGUUGCUUCACGCUUAAAACUUUAAAGUUGUAGGGAAGCAUAUUUGUGAAAAGAUGCUCAUAUUAUGUAGAAUAAGGACCAUUAUUGAAGUCCCAGGUUGUGUCAUUCAUAACAAAGUGAACUUUUUUUUUCGUUUUCGGGGACAUCCUUGUCAUAAGGUAUCUGUUAGGUAUUUUAUGAUGCAUUAGUCCAUAACCAUUGUUAACCCCGCUUAUACCCUAAUGCCUACAGUGAGUAAUACUAAAUAAACCUUAGGCUCAUAAUCAUUGAUGUAUGUAGAGGUGCAUGUAAAUGUUGUCAGAUUUUUUUCGUCAUUGGUAGUUUGUGUGAUGGUUUCAUAAAACAGAAUUCAUCUUGGUGUUUUUUUUAUACUGAAAUAGACUUUGAGCUUAAUAUUGUUUUUAAGGUUGUUGAGUAAAACAACUUGCUAUGUGGAAUUCAUUUUACAAUUCAACCUGCAAUCUACAGCAAUCCAUGUGCAAUUAUGUUUUUUAUCACAAUUUGACUUCUGGCAUUUAAUGUUGAGCAGGAAGUAGAAGCAUGCAGGAUAAAUCUACAAAAAUAGUUUCCUAUUCAGUGGUAUGUAUUCAUUAACAGUAUGGGGGGAAAAUGUCUGUUUCAGACUUGUUUAGUAUUUAGGAAACUGAAGUAAUAUUAAGAAAUGGUAUUUUAUCUUGAAUUCAAUACUACCAUGAAAUGUUUUGCUGCCUUGAAAAAAUUGCAAUAAGCUGGGGAAAAAGUUUUCUAAGGGAGGCUACUUUCAACGUCUCCAGAAAUUAAAAAUAAUAAUAUGAAUGUGUGAGUGAGAAUCUGUCCUUUUUAUUUUUAUACAUUAACUAUUAAUAUUAAGCAUAAUUAAUAUUUUUGUUUUGUAAUCAAUUUUUUUAUGUAGACCAGGCUGCAUGCUGCUGAACUGUGUAGAUUGUAUGGUAUAUAAAUUAUGUAUCUAGUCAAUUGGCUAACCAUCAAUAAAUAACAUUAAAUCAA